GAUGGGAGGAAGGGGUUGUGGUGGCAGAUUUGGUGACUUAUUGAUGGAUUAGACGUGACGUGAUGUGAUUGAUGAUCAGUAAUGUCUGGUGGGAACUCGAGGGUGUUUGGUGGACAACGGUGGUGGUACCGUAGUAGGGUCGGGAGAGGCAUGAGGGUGAGAGAGAGGAAGAGCGAGAGCACAUGGAGGUUCUGAUCUGAGAAUGGUUCCUCCACUCCCUGGAGAAUUCUGGAAAUCUAUUGCAAAUUCCCUUCUCCCCCCCCCCCCGGAGAUUUGUCAUAACCUUCUUGUGGAGAGGCGCUGUGGAGAUUUCUUGGUUUGAUUCUGCGCGAUCCGCCCUUGGUAUUGGAGGUUGACGGCUGUUUAUUAUUAUUAUUAUUAUUAUUUUUUCUUGUUAUUUUUUCCCUUGGAAUGUGAAGAUUGAUUCGACGCAAAGCGACUAAGAGGCCUUUGAAGCGGUGGUUGUCAACUGUUCCGCUUAAGCUUGUGCUAUAUUAUCUGAUUUUGGAAUGCCGGCGCUGUGGGGGAAUUGAAUUACGAGAUUGAGUGCUUUUGUGAUCAUGCGGUUUCUGAAACGUCUUCGUCGUUCUUUUUUGUUACGGGCUUUAAAUCUUCCCGUGGUUCACCUUCUCCGAGGACCGUCUUGACACUCAAGGAGAGGAUAGAGUUCAUGUCAAGCUGUGACUAAUCAUCACGGCUUUAAAUUAUCUAGUGCUCGAAGCAUUCCAGUGUGUAAGCACAUUGGAUGGGAAGCAGAUCAAGAAACAAAAGGGGACAAUUCUUCAGGAGUUUUUCCAACUCCUCGGAGAAGAAAUGCCAAGCGUGGCAGCCGCUGCCUUGAAUCAGGAUCCCGAAAAUGCUGCCAUGGUUAUGAAUGACGGUGAAGACGAAUCUUCUUCAAGCAAUGCCACAGUUAGCCUUGACUCCAAAAUCUGGAACAAGUUACCACCCGAGCUUUUAGAAAAAAUACAUCUGUGUUUGCCUCUCAUCAGCCUCGUCCGAUUCCGAUCCGUCUGCAAGGCCUGGGAUCGAAGCGUCUUCGACGAAGGGUUUAUCCAAGCGCGGAAGCAAAGCGUGUCUCAGAAGCCAUGGAUUAUCGUCACUACAACAGCGCUCUCCAUGUCUAUGUUUGAUACAGGUGACGAGACAUGGAUUGACAUUCCUAUCCCUUUCAAUGCAAGCAAAGUGCAUGUUGUAGCAGCGGCAGGAGGCUUGCUGUGUUUCUCCAAUGCCUGGUUCCAAUGGCCGGGAAUGUACGUCGGCAACCCGGUGACCAACCGGUGGCGUCACUUGCCCCCCAUGAACACCUUCCUCAUCAUCACAGUCGGUAUGGUAUACUUCGACGACACCCAGACCUUCAAAGUGUUUGUCUGCGGCCGCCGCGAAGAUGACAACCUCAUCACCGAGGUUUACGAUUCAGUGGAGGAUAGCUGGACACCGGGAGGGCUUCCGGCUGCAUCUCGCAAGUAUGGCGGCGACACUCUGGUGUGGCGUGAUGGUGUCUUCUACUGCCUCACAUUCCCUUACAGCACCCUGAACCUCAUCGCCUACGACCUUGCCAAAGGUAUCUGGUUCGACGUCCCUGUGUACAUGCCGUCAGCCAUCAUGUCCCCCAACGUCGUCGCGUGCCAUGACAAACUUCUGCUGAUUUAUGCAAUGGAGGCAGAGGAAGGACAUUUUGUCAUACGGGUGUCGGAGCUAGACUUCGAUAUCUACGAGUGGGUGGAGGUCGAGAGAAUGCCUCCUCAAAUGUGCCGAGAAUUCGAGAAUCUGAUGGUGCAGACGAAGCCACUGUGCUGCUUCAGCACGGGGGACUUGAUUUUCUUCACGAUUUCAAGCAACACUACCUAUUAUCCUGGCGCUGUGUUCGACUUGAAGAAUCGGGUGUGGACGUGGUGGCCGUCAGCGGGCUUCCCACCUCACCUUCCUGAAGUCAACAUGGGCCGCACCAUCGGGUUGAGCUUCGAGCCCCGAUUGCAUGCACUUGUCUGAGCGUGUGUCGAAAUCAUGUGGAUAUCUAUUGAAGUAAUCCAUGAGUGAGUUCCACCAUGCAACGCUGGGGAGCUUAAGCCCCAAGACUCGCAACAUUACUCAUUUUUUUUGAGGAUUUUGGGGACAGCGAAGGUGAACAUCGCGGAAAAUUAACGGAUCCAGGAUUGAAGAGUGUCUUGUUAUUGGUGAAAGCUGUGCCGCUGAGAAGUAUCCGGGAGCCUGGUUGAUCUGCCAAGCAGAUCUCCUCUUUUUAGUUCAAUAUUCUUUGAUCCAAUAUUUGGUUUAGGGCCCACGUUUGCACUUGAUUUGCACUCAGGAUGGUCUAAAUUGUCAAACGAUAGAGAGGUUGUUGUAGCUCGUUGUUACGGAGUUAGCUGGAAUUACCAAUCUUUUUUUCCAUGUAUAGUGUUUUAUAUGAAACGUUGUAGUUGACAGGCAGAAACUUGUGCAAGGCUUCUCUUGAACCGCACUAUUGGAAGAUGCAUCAGUUGCUGCCCUGUCUCAAUUUGGUGGUACUUAAAAUGUGUUGAGUAUUAGUUUUCCCAAGGAAACUCUAUCAGCGUGUUUUAAGCUUCA